GCAAGCAACAAAUAAUUUCGCAAGCAUAAACUUCAGUCAUUCAACUUGUGAUGCAUAGCACUGUGAGGAAUGGUCUUGUGCCGGAAGAGUUAUUAUUUGGAGAGUUGUUAUUUUUCGCCUCAAAGUUUUAACAGUAGAUAUGAAAAACAAAGUUCCUCCCAGUUGGUGCCAAAAACUUGUUUUAUUCAUUUAUUGAUUGUUUAUUUCAUUUCGUUGCAUAGUCAAGUAACGUGAAAUUCUCCAGUCUUCGACAUUUUAUUCACUGGGCAACAACGAUGCAGAAUUGGUCCAGAAUUCCUACUCGUAAGAAAGUAUUGUUUUUUGCGGUGUGUAUAGCUGCUGGAGUUUAUUUCUUUUGUAUUCCAGGAAAAGUUGCAAACUUUUUAGGAAUUUAUGAACUGAAUGAUUUGAAUAAUGACAUUGGAGAGACAUUUGAUGUGGAAUUCGCUGAAAUAGAAUCGAAGGAAGAAAAUCUCCUUAUUGAUACACCUGGUUGUAAAAUACCGAAACUAAAUCCAUACGAUCCAUCGUUAAAAAAUAUUAUUGGAUCCCCAUCAAACUUGACAUGCCCUGGAAAACCUCUAUUUUUCAUCAUAGAACCUAACGCUGUUGUUAAAGUGAAUGAAACCAUACUUCUGGAGUUUUACAAUAUGAAACUGGAUGAUCUUACGUGUACUUACAGACCUAUUCUACGCAUGCCCGAAGCGGCUGGUGAACGUUUGGAGGACUUUUAUGCACUAGGAAACAAGAGAAGACUGCAUUUUGGAAUACCUCUUAAUGUGGACUUCAUUGAAGUGAACUGUAAGCUGAUGAAGGAAACAUUGACGCAUUUUCUUCCUCUAACUCCACUAAAGGUGGAAAUUGAACAAAGGAAAAACAUAUUACUGCCUCAAUCGGCAGAAAAACUGAACGUUAUAUUGAUUGGGGUUGAUUCAGUUUCUGCUCUGAAUUUUCAGAGGCAGUUUAAAGCAACAAAAGCAUUUAUGGAGGAAAAACUCUCCCCGUUUAAACUUGAUGGAUAUACUAAAGUUGGAGACAAUACUUUUCCGAACUUAGUGCCAUUGCUUACGGGACACUUUGUGGAAUAUUACUGGAAUGAAACUUUGUACACCAAGAAAUUUUUUGACGAUUUAGACUUUGUGUGGAAAGCAUACUCAGACGUAGGAUAUCGAACAUUAUUUGCUGAAGAUAGUCCUAAAUUUGGAACAUUCAAUUACGGGAAAAGAGGAUUCAAAGAUGCUCCAACUGAUUAUUAUUUCAGGCCCUUGGCACUAACUUAUUAUAACUACGAUCCAUACAAAAAUGGUCAUCUGAGUUGUAUUAACUCACAAAUAGAUGGAGAAAUCAUGAUUAAUUAUCUUAGAAGUUUUGUGAAAACUAUGGAUGCAAGACCAUUCUUUUCGUUUAUUAUGGUAUCAACCCUAACGCAUGAUAGUCUGAAUAAAGCGAGCCAAGCAGACCAACCGAUUUUUCGCUUGUUAACCGAGUUCAAAAAGCAAGGUGUCUUUGAAAAAAGUCUUUUCAUCUUGUUUAGUGACCAUGGAAUUCGUUUCGGUCCAAUCCGAGAGACUUAUGUUGGAAAAUAUGAAGAAAGAAUGCCCUUUAUUUAUAUUAAUUUUCCGCAAUGGUUCCUUGAAAAGCAUUCGAUGCAAGCAAAAUAUCUUCGCCAAAAUCAAAAUCGCUUAACGACUCAUUUUGAUGUCCAUGCCACAUUAGUUCAUUUGCUAAGGGUGAUGAAAUUAUCUUUCAAGAAAACAGUUGAUGAGGACACUGCGCAUGGGUUGAGCCUCAUGGAUAAGAUACCAAAUAGCAGAACUUGCAAAGAUGCUAACAUUUUACCCCAUUGGUGUCCUUGCCAAUUGCUGCAUGACGUUUCCGUCAAUGACAGCGUUGUUUUGAAAUGUGCCACGUCUGUGAUUCAACAGAUGAACAAAAAAUUGAAACCUUUUGCCAAGAGCUGUGCCGUUUUGGAGCUUGCAGAGGUAUCAGAUGCCCGUUAUCGUCAACUCAAUGAUGAUGUCUUAAGAUUCGUCAAACAUGAAAGAAUCGUCAUCAAUCGGGAAGUCGUUUUGGGCAAGAAAAAUGAAGGUAUUCGAGAUUAUUUGAUUACUUUAGUUGCCAAACCAAGCCAAGGAGUGUUUGAAAGUACAGUUCGACAUCGAAUAAAGCAAGAUAAGUUUGAAGUGCUCGAUAUUAGUAGAAUCAAUGCAUAUGGUAAUCAAUCAUCUUGCAUUGAAAGCUCAGAAAUGAGGAAAUAUUGCUACUGUUAGUAGAUAACAAAUGCGUCUAUUUCUUGAAUCAUACUCCUAAAUGUUUGUGCUUAAGUAGCUUUUACUUUAACAAAUGU